AUGGCUACUGGCUACUUAGAUGAUUUGUCUGAUUCAGAUGAUGACUUUGAGCUCCCAGUGAAAAUCACCAAGCGCAAAAUACAGGCAGAGGCAAGCUCACUGCCACCCAAGAAGCCAAGGCACAAUGAUGCUUUGAGAAAAUUACCCAGACUGAGUAGUAGCCCAAACGUCUCUUCAGCAGAAACUUCUCAGGGGCGGCAGUCUUUCCAAGACACACCCAGGCCUGACAAAAGUGAACUGGACAGCGAUGACCCGACUAUCAAUGCAAAAAAUAUCUACGAUGCUGUCAGCAGUGGAAAGAGUGACCUAAUGACGGUGGUUGACGAAUGGCUGGACUACUACAAGCAGACGCACAAGCAGGGACUCCUGGUGCUCAUCAACUUCAUCGUUCAGUGCUGUGGAUGCCAAGGAGUGGUUAGCAGAGAGAUGCUUGAUUCCAUGCAAAAUGCAGAAAUCAUCGCCACGCUAACCAGACAGUUUGAUAGGAGUUUAGCGAGCUACCCUUUGUCUGGAGCGGGUUCCUCGUCGAAGCGAUUCCGAGCGGGCCUUUGCAAGUUUGCCAGCAUUCUGGUGCGCUUAUGUCAAAACAGUCUAAUUUAUGAUGAAUACCUCUUCGCCUCCUUGCUGUCUCUCCUCAUCGGGUUGUCUGACUGCCAAGUCAGAGCAUUCAGACACACCAGCACCCUAAUAGCCAUGAAACUGAUGUCAGGAAUAGUGGAGGUGGUUGUGGCAGUUUCCAAUCAGAUGCAAACCAUCCAGCGCUACUACAAUGUGGAGAUGGGCAAGGACAUGGAAGAUCAAAGCUCUCAGCGACUGGAAGAGCUUCAGGCUUCCAUUACAGAGCUGCUGAGAAAGAAGGAGGAGCUCUCGUCCUUGAUGACCGCCACCUUCCGGGGCAUUUUUGUGCACCGCUACCGUGACCGUGUGGAUCAGAUCAGAGCAGCUUGCAUGGAGGAGCUGGGCGUGUGGAUUAAAAAGAACCCUGAGAACUUCCUUAAUGAUGGAUGUCUCAAAUACCUGGGCUGGAUGCUGAAUGACAAGCAAAGCGUGGUGCGUCUGCAGUGUGUGCGAAGCCUGCAGAAUCUUUAUACGGAGAAGAAGUUUAUUGUCCACAUGGAGCUUUUCACCAAUAGAUUUAAAAAGAGAAUGCUCAACAUGGUGAUGGACAAGCAAUAUGAGAUUGCUGUGGAAGUGAUCAAGCUGUUACUGCAAAUCCAACAGAGCACGGUUAAAGUCCUGCAGGAGGAGGAGUGUGCUCAUAUCUAUACCCUAGUUUAUGCCGCACAACACAGUUUGGCGUCCGCAGCUGGCCUGUUCCUCUAUCUGAAGCUGAAAAGUGUGAUUGACAGUGAGAACGAGCAAGGCAUCAAUUAUGCCUUCUUCCAAGUCCUCAUCAACUUCUACGUCCAGUGUAAGUUCCACGAGCAUGCAAUUUACCUGGUUGACAGCCUGUGGGAUGUUGCUGCUGUGGAGUUAAAAGACUGGGAGGGCAUGACAACUCUUUUGCUACGGGAAGAUGGUUUGACAAACGUGGAGGAGGACACACUCAUCGAAUUGAUGGUAUGUGCGAUUCGACGGGCAAUGGAGGCAACCCCACCGGUUGGGAGAAUCUGGGUCAAGAAGGGCCUGAGUGCAAAGCAAAUGAAGACCCGGGAACAGGACAGGCAGCGUAUCACGACCCAUUUCAUCCCUCUACUGUCACAGCUGCUAGCCAAGUAUUCGGCAGACCCAGGGAAAGUAAAACUCCUCCUGCAAGUGCCGCUCUACUUCAACCUGGAUAUGUCCAGCAGUGCGCAGUGGAUGGAGAAGCAUCUGGACCAGAUCCUGACUCAGAUAUGCCUGAUCGUAGAGAAGCACACGGAGAACGCUGUGCUAGAGGCGUGCAGCAAACUGAUCAACACGCUCUGCUCCGACAGUCACACCUUCUCCUCCCGUGCACACCUGGCGUUUAGUCAGUUGUUUGACAACCUGACUGAGCACUUCAACACCUAUUUCAGUGACCAGAUGCAGGCCCCAACUGAUGAUGUUUUCAGUGCAGCAAUGGUCUUGAAAAGGAUGGCGGCCUUGGUCAGUGCCAGAAACUUAUCAACUGAAAGACUAUUUGAUUCCUGCACGGACCUACUUAAAAGUCGGAUGGAAUCCAGACACUUCGACAAGGAACUCAUGGUGGCAGCUUUGAGGUGCUCAGCCUUUCACCUGAUGUGGGCCAAAGUAAAUCUGCCCUCUCUUCCAACCAAGGAGGAAGUGAAACGCCUAAAGAAAGAGGUGGCCUUCUUCUGCCAAAUCUGCCAAGAAUGCUUGUCUAUUGCCCAAACUGAGAUUAGGGAUCAGGCAUUUGAGUUGCUGUGUGACCUCCUGUUGCUUUACCGUGCCAAUACUGUCCGCUCUGAACCCGGCCUGCAAAAUGUGUACUACGUGCCAUCUCACUUCCUGACUGCAGAGAUGGCAGUUUUCCUUCUGGACUACAUCUUUAUGGACGAAACGGAGGAGGAAGGUACUGAUGAGGAGGCAAUCAAACAUCUUCAGAAGAAGCGCAGGCUGCUUGCUGGCUACUGUAAGUUGUUCAUUUUCGGCGUGAUGGACCUCAGUGCUGCCACCAAUGUCUACAAGUACUACGACAAGAACUAUAAGGACUUUGGUGACAUCAUCAAAGAAACCAUAACAAAAACGAAGCUCAUCAAUCCUGUACUGAGUGCCAGGAGUCUCUGCCUUACUGUGCAGCAGGUGUUCACAGAGAUGCUGGUAGAGGGGGUCAAUAAAAGGAAUAUUGACGAGAUCAAAGAUUUGGCCAAGAAGCUCGCCAUGACCUUUGGCAAUAACCUUCCACAUGUUCGCAAACCACUGGUAGCGCUGCACAUGGACGGCAUACGUUUUGCUUUCCGGGCAUGUCAGGAAGAGGAAGAGCAGCACCCUAAUGUGGCCUUCUUGGAGCUGCUUAGCGAGUUCAGUUUUAAGCUGCUGCAACAAGACAAGGACCUGCUGAUGGAUAUCCUGAAAAGCCAGUGUCCCACUGCUGCCCUCUCCUGGCACUCAGUCAAUGUUUAUCAGCGCUCCUUGAAAGGCACCCAAGCCAAGUUGGGGGAGAGAGUUGAAACCAUCCCUUCACCAACCAUGCCUGUCACCAAACACCAGAAGAUCAAUACUGGAGAUAAGAAAAUAAUCAAACGGCAGAAGAUCGAUACUGGAGGUUUAAUGGCCAACUCCAACUCGACUUUGGAUUGCAGCAGUAUCCACUCCAGUGAGCUGCCCAGCCCGAUUCUCACCUCCACUGCCCUGAAGCAGCCCCACACUAAAUUUGGGUCCAGGGGAAGCAUCUAUGAAAGUGAUGUUGGCAGAGAUUUAACUGAACCAGAAUCUGACAAUGAAUUCAACUUGGAAUCACAGAGGCCAGAAAUGCUGUCCACCGAGAGAUUGAGAUCCACCGCAAUUCAGAGCGGACUAAAUACCCAGCUCAACUUACUUUUGCUGAAUGAUGACUUCUCAGAGCAAGAGGAAGAAGCUGAGUCUGACAAAUAGGAAAGAGAUUCUUCAUAUACUGCAUAG